AUGCCCCAACUCGACACUGCAUCCUACGCCCUCGCCGCGCUCACCGCUGGCGGCGGUGUCAUGGGCUACGCGCGCACCAGGUCCAUGCCCUCCAUCAUAGCAGGGACUGCCGUCGGUGUGCUCUACGGAAUUGGUGGCUACCGCAUCCAGAACCGCCAGCCCUACGGCGUUGAGUUGAGUCUCUUGGCGUCGGUCGUUCUGGGAGGAUCAGCCAUUCCCCGCGCCAUCCGCCUCCGAAAGCCCGUCCCGGUCUUGCUCAGUGUCUUGUCCGCCUUUGGUCUGUUCACCUUUGGCAGGGCGUACCAGCGAAAGCUGUAG